AUGGCUGCCUCCCAAACCUUCACUUUCCCACCGGAAUAUUCCCACUCUCUUCCCAUAACCACCCAACCACCACCACCCUUUUCACACAACAACAACAACAACAGCGGAGUCCCGAUAAUAGCGGUCGCCAUACUAGGCAUCGCCGCCACAGCUUUCCUACUAAUCAGCUACUACAUCUUCGUCACAAAGUGCUGCUUCAGAUGGCAACUCAUCGACCCUUUGACGCGCUGUUUCUCCACCACCAGACAACAAUCGCAACUGAACGACGACCCUUUCGCAUCGUCCUACUCCCCUGCCACCUGGCAAACCCGUGGCCUCAACGAACUCCUUAUCCGGCAAAUCCCCACUUUCCAAUACACCAAUAAGCAUCUCGGAGAAAGCAGCAGCAGAAGCACAACCACAACCUUGUCCAAAUGUGUCGUUUGUCUUAACGAAUUUCAAGACAAAGAUAUGUUAAGGAUUCUCCCUAAAUGUGGACAUGCUUUCCAUUUAGACUGCAUCGAUAUCUGGCUCCAAACAAACUCCAACUGCCCUCUAUGCCGGUCAACUAUUUCCGGCAGGAACCGGUUUCGUUUCGACAGAAUCGUUGCCCCGAAUUCUUCGCCUCAAGAUCCGAUUUUUGCAAGUGACGAAGAUUUUGUGGAGAUUCAGCUAACUGGAGAAGAAGAUGACGAUGAUGAUUCGGGUGGAUUCUUGGUGCAGUCGAGAAGCAAUUCGUGGAGGAAGUUUUUCGAGCAGAAGAGGUCUAGACCUAGAAAAUCCCAUCAUGUUUCGAUUAUGGGAGAUGAAGGGAUUAACGUUGUUAGAGAGAAAGACGAGCAGUUUUGCGGUGUGCAGCCAAUUAGAAGGUCUUUUUCGAUGGAUUCUGCUGCGGAUAGACAUGUUUAUUUGUCGGUACAAGAGAUUUUAAGGCAGAAUAGGCAGCUCAGUGAGGUGAGGAACUAUGACGAGAGCAGUGGUAGCAGAAGCAGGAGGUCGAUUUUCUCGUUCGGCCAUGGACGAGGUUCUUCGAGAAAGUCUGUUCUACCCUUCGAGUUUUAGCACACUGCAAAA